CCUCGCUAAAGCAUAGCGAUGGCAUUGCACAUCUGCCAACUAGACUAUUAAUGCUAGUUAUGUUAUUAGCUCGCUAAUGUUCUCUGACACGUCGUGGUAUCGCUGUCGGUUAUAGUGUACACAGGCUACAGCUGAAUAAUACAGCUUAUUACGGGAUUCGUGUUUGCGAUGUAAUGUUGGAUUGGCAGCUGGACUAUUUAACGUCGGCUAAAUGUAAUUCAGCCAGUUAGCACGCUAGCUCGCUAACUUCCUGGUAAACUCCUAGUUUGUGCAGCUGGACCCGACGCUCUUUCUCCAGGAGCUGUUGAGUUUGCUCCUAAAUCAAGCUACGGUCACGUUUAUAGGAUAUUUCUGCUACUUACCUGAUUUUAAGCUGCAACUGUCCUGCCUCUAAGCACAAUGCCUUAUGGGAUUUUCCCCGGCAGCUCUGACAGCCCAUCAGCGGUAACAUUCCAGAAUUAGAGACCUUGGGAUAAAAGUAAAAUUUUCUACGAAAGGUUUGCUGGUCAAUCUGGAGCACAUACCAUUUUUAGAUAACAAACCUGCCAUUCUUAUUUUUUUUUAACUGUCAUUAAUUUUUACUAUCCCGCUGGGUGAAAGCUUAACAUGAGAUUCCGAAUCUACAAGAGGAAAGUGGUGAUCCUGACUCUGGUGGUCGUGAUCUGUGGAUUUGCCGUUUGGAGCAGUGGGAAACAGAAAAGAGGAAGUCCGGUUUUUCCGAAGGAAGUGGAGGCUGUUAAAAAGAGCAGCAUUAGCAGUUUGGGGCAGGUCACAGCAUCAGUAACCCGAAAACCAGUCAAUGACACGCUUCCAGAAAAACCAGUUAUACCCAAACCCAUGACAGAUAAUUCUACUCUGGUAUACAGGGGGAUUGUGUUCCAAAUCAACUUUGACCAGACGUUAAAGAAUGAAGAGAAGUUCAGGUCAAUACGCCAGAAAGAUGACCUAGUAGUAGUUGUUCAGGUUCAUAACCGUCCAGAGUACCUGAGGCUGCUUGUAGAAAGCUUGAGAAAAGCAAAAGGAAUUGAGAAUGUCCUACUUAUUUUCAGCCAUGAUUUCUGGUCUCCAGAGAUCAACAACAUCAUUUCAUCCAUUGACUUCUGCCUUGUCCUUCAGAUAUUCUUUCCCUUUAGCAUCCAACUGUAUCCUCAUGAGUUUCCAGGGAAUGACCCUAGAGACUGCCCCAGAGACAUUUCCAAGAAAGACGCCUUAAAACUCGGCUGCAUUAAUGCAGAGUACCCUGACUCUUUUGGCCAUUACCGUGAGGCCAAAUUUUCCCAAACCAAACACCACUGGUGGUGGAAAUUACAUUUUGUGUGGGACAGGGUCCGUGUGCUGAAGGAUCACAAAGGAUUGGUGCUUCUCAUCGAGGAGGACCACUACUUAGCUCCAGACUUCUACCAUCUUCUCAAGCUGAUGACCUCACUAAAGAAAGAGCAGUGUGCUGACUGUGACAUCAUUUCACUCGGGAGCUACGGGCACAUCGGCUAUGCCAGCAAAGCCAACCGUGUAGAGGUGAAGGUCUGGAAAUCCACCGAGCACAACAUGGGCAUGGCCAUGGACAGGAAUACGUACCAAAAACUCAUCAAGUGCACAGAAGCAUUCUGCACCUACGACGACUACAACUGGGACUGGUCCCUUCAGCACCUAACUGUGAACUGUCUGCCCACUUUCUGGAAGGUCAUGGUGAGUGAAGCUCCCCGUAUCUUCCAUGCUGGGGAUUGUGGCAUGCACCAUCAGAAGACCACUUGUAUGCCCAGUAAUCAGAAGAGAAAGAUAGAAAGCAUACUACAGAGCAGCACAAACCAGCUGUUCCCAAAAAAUCUGCUCAUCACAAAGAGACUGCCUGCAUCUGGGGCUGGUGGAGUAGCCCCUCAUGUCAAAAAUGGAGGCUGGGGUGAUAUCAGGGACCAUGAACUCUGCAAGAGCUAUCUUCGGUUACAGUGACCUUAUAUGAUUUUGUUUGUUUGUUUGUUUGUUUUUAUUUUUCUUUUGCAUCCUCUAAUGAAAGCCUUUACAAAUUCUUAAUGGACUAUUUCUUUAUAUUGCCUGUUUUGUUGAAAUAUUCCAAAUAAAAAGGUAUAUGGGA